AUGAGAAAAGACAAUGCUGUGAAGGAGUCCCAAAAGGUGCAUGUUGAUGAUCCUUCGACACCAAACGGAAAAACAGUAAACCCAAGUGAUCCUGCUUCAAAUUUGACGCGUAAAAAGAAGGUAGCAUUUAACACUGAACUUGAAAAUUCUCCUGGAGGAAGCCAACCUUCGUAUGGAACUCCUAAACGCGGUAUUUUAAAAACCUCUACUGCACUUGCUCGUUUAAAACAAACGGAUGAAUCCAAUGAUCAGCAAAACGGAUUUACAAAUGAAGCAAACGGCACUUCAGAGGACAUUCAAUCCUGGUUUCGUUCUGGUAUUGAAGAUCUUGAGCAUGUAGAGCGGCCUGUACGUAUUGAAAUCUAUUCCAAGCUAUCAUCAUUUUUAAAGACAUAUACACCAAAUUUGCCGGAAGAUCCCAUAUUCCUUCUUUUAAAUCAACUUUGUUCGUUUUUGUUAUGUGACAGAAGUGCCUGCUUAAACACUGGCAAACCUGAUUUUCAUUUAAACUGUCAAGCAAAUAAGUUACUUAGUGUUCUUCUUUGGCAUCCAACCAUUUCUUCCCAUAUUCAAUCCGAUACCGCUAGUGUCUUUAUUGAGCAAUCACUUCAGAUUUUAGAAUCUUCCAAAUUAACGAAAGCAUUAGCCGCCCAACAUUUGCAUCUUCUAUCCUGCCAAAAAUGUCCUUUGGGUAUCCCCCCUUUAUGCGACCGUAUUAUAAACGUUUGUCUUACUCUGCCUUUUCCUUCCUUGGUAGUUGGCCAAGAGCGCCUAGCUGUGCUAAACAAAUUACUAAGCCAAUGUCCAAAAGCGUUUGCUCAAAGAGUUGUUGACUGGGCGCCUUAUCUCUUAGCUUGUCUCGUGGACGCUUCUAAACCGAUACGUGAAAAAGCGUUGUUGCUGGCAUUAGAUUUGAGUAAAUAUCUAUACCAUGAUAAGCUUAUUGCCCGUUCAAUACUCUCAAGUUUUCAUACAGAAAUUGGGGGAACUACCUUUAUUUACUUAAUCUCUAAUCAUUUCGAACGAUUAGUAACCGAAGAAGAUGACGGCGUAUAUGUAGCUCAUGCUUGGGCUGCUAUAAUUUCUAUCUUGGGUGGCGCACGCAUUUCCUCAUGGGAAUACUUCAACGCCUGGUUGAAGAUUAUUCAACUCUGUUUCAACAGCGCAAACCCUUUAACCAAAUGUGCUGCUCAAACAUCUUGGAUACGUCUGAUUCACGAAUUUUCUCUCUCAGAAACGCUCACGCAGGCAAAUAAGCGUCUAACACUUCUAUGCCAACCUAUAGCUAUGGUUCUGAGUACUCGCAAUCUUCCUACGGUCAAAAGUGCUGCAAUGAGUACCUUAACCGCCCUCAUUUAUGCUUGUUUAAGACCGGGAAUAUCCAGUCCCAUGCUUUCACUCCUUUGGGACACAGUGGUCGUAAAAAUAAUUGAAAAAUCCGCACUAAAAAGCGAACAAACAAUGCCUGAAGCAGCCGAUAUACUUAUCGCGUUAUUUGACGCUUCCUCAAACAACUUUUGGAGGGAUGAUCGCCUUGUACAGCGUGAACUGAUUGAUACUAAGGAGUUACCCAAACUCAACCCAAAUUGGGUGCGCUCCAACUGUCAAAAAACCAUUGAGCCAAUAAAUUCACUAAUAUUAUUGGCCAGACCAAAUUACAAUAUAAAACAAAACCAAGGCCGCAAACAAGGCAAGGGAAUGAGCUAUGAGCAAAGUUUCGUCGUUUGGACUACAUUCGUUAAAUGCUUGUCUAGUGCAGGACAAAAGGAAAUAAAGAGAUCAGUUGAUACAGGUAAGGCUAUUUGUUGUAUUUGUACCUCCUUACGCAAUUUUCUAUGCGCAAAACCAUUGCGUAAAGACGAGGUUUACAUUGAAAGACUUACUCGUUAUGCUUCCCUGGUUCGUUGUACUGUAGAAGCUUAUGAUAUUCAACUUUUCGUUGAAUAUUCUUACAUCGUUUCUAAUAAUGAAUUGCUACUGAUGGAUCCUACUGUGCAAAGUAGUGACCAGGAAUCUAUAUGUCCUUUAGUAUAUCUGUUGCAAUCGAUGGCUACCCUGACGGAUGGAACUAUGUUUUCUACUUUACAUGCGGCUUAUAGUAGUAUCUUGUCGCUCUUAGACGAAAGUAACUUAAGUCUUGCCGUUAAACUUCGCUUGUACUGGGAUUGUGUAUCGCCUCUUUCAGAGCAUGAUAACUUAAUACUUGCUAGGGUUUUAGUUUCCCAUGAAGUUUCUCGAUCUGCCUCCGAGGCUUUUUUAAUAGAAGUGAAAAACAAACAAAAGAGAAAUAUCUCCUUUGAAGAAUUUUUGGGAAUUGAGCAUUCAACUGUUCUAAAACUACUGAGUUGGAACGUUAAGUAUUGCAGCAUAAGUGAUGCUGACAGCGUUGGAAAUCUACUAAUUCACUAUGGUAAUACAGUAUCUGAUCUCUAUGGAGAAGAUAAAGUUUUAAUUUCUGUUAUUGAACCAUUUAUUCAUAUAUUACAUAAGGAUUUAAGCUUUGAAUCUAGCAAAAUUUUUUCAUUUGCGAUGGCUAUAAUGAAAGUUCCGUUCUUGUCAUUUUUAGCUGAGAAUGAUCAUACGUUGUAUGAUUCUGCUUAUUUUGAAGAUUGCCGGGAAAGUUAUCUCAAAAUAAUAAAUAUGUAUAAUGCAUUACUGAUAAAAGCUUAUGACUCUGACCAAAUGGAUUUGAAGUGUUUGUUUAUUGAAGCAAUUUCGAACUAUAUGAUAAGCAUUCCGAAAAGCCUUCGUUUACAGACCGUCUUCGGGUUGGUUGACGGCCUUUCUCGUUGGUUUUAUAUGGAAAACGUUAAUACUUUUUUAAAAAGCAGCUCCAUUUAUAACAUGUGUAUUGAAUUUUGCCAGCUUAUACUUAGACUUAUCAUUGAAGCUGAGCAGAAUCCAAAUGAAUUGAUAGAUAAGCUUUCUCCGCUAAUUACCACCGGGCUUAAGAGUAAAGCUGCCGAUGUUGUCGUCUCGUUUAUUUAUUUCUGGAACCAAAUUUUCGGGUCUUUUGAAUCUGAAGAAUAUCCAAUUGAACUGCAAAAAACGAUAAUAGAAUUAUCGCAUGACCAUUAUAUCCGGUUGCCGUUUUCAUCAUCUUAUUCCGAAUUCAAGGAUUUGGCUAAUGAACAAAAUACCCAACCUAAUAACGGUAUCAUAGAAGGGAAAAAUGAUAUUAACUCAGGCAUAGUUUCUACGCCGAAGAAAGAGAACAGCUCGAAGAAAAAGAACAAGAAGAAUGGCUCUAAUAAGAAAAAAGAGAACAAGUCAUUGGAAGCGAAAGUACGGGAAAGUGACAAACCUCCGGUCCAUUCUGAACAAAGUUCAAUGGAAAAUUCAGUCAUGCCACAAGGUGGUAGCGAUGGCUAUAACAAGAUUUUGGAUGACACAGCUGAGGGAUUAGCGACUUCUCAGGUUAAGAAUUCUACGGGAGAAAUUGGCAAAAUCAUUGAACAUGGAGAAAAUACAGAAUUGAAUACCACUAAAGAUGUACAAAGCGAUCACAUGGAUGUGAGACUUGACGAUAGUCAGCAUAUCAACGUUGCUGGCAAUGUUGAUUCAAAGCUUCCUACCGUAAUCGAGUCUCCGGUGGUCACACAUGACUUCAUUGACUCAUCCAAUGUAAAUAUUUCUGAUAUUAACAUCGAAGGCCUUACCGUAGAAAAGAAGUCUCCAACGGAGGUUAUUGUUGACGCUGACUCCUCUUAUGAAAGCAACCUUCUACGAAGAAGUAGUUCAAGGACUGAAGAUGUUGCUUUGCUAAAUCAAACAACAUCGCUUGAGCCACAGACAGUCAAUGACAAAAAAAGAGUUUUUGAUAGUGAAGAAUCUGAACUUGGACCAGCCGGUUCAAUUGAGCACGGUAAGAAACGGUUUACUAGUCUCCUGGCGGAAGGUGGUGAAGGGGAUUCAGACACAACUACUGGUGUGACAAAUCUGAUAUCGUCUUUAGACGAAUCAUUGACACCUUCAAGUGCUAUUCGAGUCUUAUCUGAAGCGACUAGUCAAAUAGAAGAGUCCAUUCAUGGAAUGAGGUCUGAAGAAGUACUUUGCUUGGGAGACAUAUUGGGUCGGUUACAAAAGGCAAUAUUAUCAAGGGUUAAUUAG